AUGCCGCCUUGUCUCCGGUCUGGUAGAUUUGGUCUAUUGAUUUCUUAUUUCCUUUCCGUGCGGUCAAUUCACGACCUUCGGAUACCUACCUGUGCAGUUCCUAAUAAGGUUCCAAAGCGGGUAAAUCAUCCAGCUGAGCUUUUCCAAAAUCUUCAAAGUGGUCAGAAUAUAUUUGUUCAGGGUGGUGCUAUGACACCUACACAUUUGGUUAAGCACCUCUAUCAGCAUGCCAUUGAAAAGAAUUUAACAAACCUUAAAACGGUACAUAUUCACACAGAAGGUGAAUUUCCCGUCAAUGAUGAGUCUGUAAAACACCGUUUCCGUAGCAUUUCUCUUUUUACUGGUGGAAACUGUCGCAAAGCUAUCGCGUCUGGACAGGGCGACUAUGUUCCUAUCUUCCUUCAUGAAAUUCCAAAACUUUUUCGUCGUGGUGCUAUACCCCUUCACUAUGCCCUUAUAAAUGUCUCGCCUCCGGAUCAUCAUGGGUUUUGUUCAAUUGGCUGCAGUGUCGACGUGACAAGAAGCGCACUAGAAUCUGCUUCCAUUAUUGUUGCUCAGAUAAAUCCUCACGUUCCUCUCUGUAAGGGUGAUGCCGAAAUUCACAUCAGUAACAUUGACUACACCAUUGAUGGACCCAUGCCUCUUCAUGAAUUACCCGUUAGGCAAAGCUCUCCACAGGAGAAGAAGAUUGCCGAGCUCAUAGCCAAUGAAUUGGUUGCUGAUGAGGCUACCCUUCAAACCGGAAUCGGUUCAAUCCCUGAUUCUGUUUUAGCUCUUCUCAAUGACCAUAAAAAUCUAGGUGUCCAUACCGAACUCUUUUCUGAUGGGCUUGUUGACCUCUUCAAAAGUGGAGCCGUCACCAAUGCUAAGAAGCGGCUCUUCCCUGGUAAAAUUGUCUCAAGUUUUGUUAUUGGCUCAAAAAAAUCAUUCGAUUUCGUUAAUGCUAACAACGGUAUUGAUUUGCGAGACAUCGCAUGGACGAAUAGUCCCUCAAACAUUGCUCAAAAUCCACGUCCCACUGCAAUAAACUCGUGCAUCGAGAUUGAUAUUACUGGUCAGAUUGUCUCCGACUCAAUCGGUUCACGAAUUUACUCCGGUUUUGGUGGUCAAGUCGACUUUUUGAGGGGUGCUGCUAUAGCCGUCGAUGGUCUAGGCGUUCCUAUCAUUGCUUUGGCCUCAACUACCAAAAAAGGUCAGUCGAAAAUUGUGCCAUACCUACAAAAAGGUGCUGGUGUUGUUACCACAAGAGCACAUGCUCAUUAUGUUGUGACUGAGUACGGUAUUGCCUACCUUUUUGGCAAAUCUCUUCGUCAGCGAGCCUACGAGCUGAUACGUAUUGCUAACCCUGUUCACAGAGAACAACUGGAAAAGGAUGCUUAUGAAAUGCUCAAUGUCAUGCCCUCAGCUGACUAG